UUUACUUGCUGAAACCCCACUAUCCGGCCCCUCCAGGACUACACGUACCAGCAUGCACCGCGCGACGCUGCUUCAGACUCCACUCUGCUGCUGCUGCUUCAGACUGCUGCAGAGCAUCGGAGGCGGUUGCCAUGGAGCCGGCCUGGCGACAGCAGGGCAGGGGGCGUGGCCGGAGUCAGGAGGUUCAGGGUGAAAGGUCACGACCCCAGCCGCAGAAGGAGAGAGAGAGGCCGGGGGUCGCCGCCGUCCCAGGCGGGUGGGGGGCGGGACGAGGAGGGAAGACGAAGUCAGCCACGACACCUGAACCUCAGCAUGGUGCGUCGGUCCAAUCCAAGUUCGAGGAGAUCAGGAAGUCCAACCAGGCUGCUGCUCAGCGAUUGGUGGAGAGCCGUAUCAGCUCCUCCUCCUCUGAUGAUGAUGAUGAUGAUGAUGAAGAUGCUGAUGUAGAGGUUGACCACAAGGAUGGAAAGAGGGGGAAGAUCCUGGCGUCGACCUUCACCACUUACACCAACCAGACAGGUGGUGAUGCUACCGGUCUGCUCAGGACCGGUCAGUACGUCAGCGACCUGUUUCAGUCUGGAGCUCUCACCUGUCUCAUCUGCAUCGCCUCCGUCAAGAGGACGCAGGCGGUGUGGAGCUGCUCCAGCUGUUUCUCCCUCUUCCACCUCCCCUGUAUUCAGAAGUGGGCCAAAGACUCGGCCUUCCUCGUCUCCUCCGUCACCGAUGAAGACUUCGGUCAGAAGCAGCAUCCCUGGCCGUGUCCAAAGUGUCGAGCAGAGUAUCCACCCACUGCCACGCCCAACAGGUACAUGUGUUACUGUGGGAAGCUGCAGGAUCCUCCAGCUGAUCCCUGGUUGGCUCCUCACUCCUGCGGCUCCGUCUGUCAAAAAGAGCUCAAACCCACCUGUGGACACACCUGUCUGCUGCUCUGUCACCCCGGUCCCUGCCCUCCGUGUCCAAAGAUGGUAUCUGUUUCCUGUCUGUGUGGCAAAGCUAAGCCCCUCCCCCGUCGCUGUAGCAACAAGGCCUGGUCCUGUCAGCAGACCUGCUGCAAGCUGUUACCCUGCAGACAGCACACCUGUACACAGCCCUGCCACACAGAGUGCUCUCCGUGUCCCAGAGUCAGUGUUCAGAGGUGUGUGUGUGGCAGAGAGGAGGCAGAGAGACCCUGCGCCAGCCCUCAGUGGAACUGUCAACAGGUGUGUGGCUCUCCUCUCUCCUGUGGGAAUCACACCUGUGAGGUUUUGUGUCACGAUGGCGUUUGUCCUCCGUGUCCUCGCUCCGUCAGCAGAUCCUGUCCCUGCAGCAAGACCAAGUCGUCUCUGCCGUGCACGGAGGAAGUGAUGCCGUGCGGCGACACGUGCGACCGCCGUCUGUCGUGUGGGAAACACACCUGUUCCAUGAGGUGUCACCGAGGGAGCUGCGAGACCUGCAGACAGGAGGUGGAGAAGGAGUGCAGGUGUGGGAAAUACAGGAGGUUGAUGUCGUGUCAUAAGGAAUACCUGUGUGACUCCAAAUGUCCAAAAACCAGAAGCUGCCAGAGACACCAGUGCAGGAGGAAGUGCUGCCCUGGUAACUGCCCUGCGUGUGACCAGAGCUGUGGUCGGACUCUGGGCUGUCGCAACCACAAGUGUCCCUCUGGCUGUCACCAAGGUAGCUGUUAUCCGUGUCCGGAGACGGUGGAGGUCAGGUGUACCUGCGGUUCGUCCGUCUUGGCCGUCCCCUGUGGGCGAGAACGGAGCACCAAACCGCCGCGCUGCAAAGAGACCUGCAGGUGUCCUCCGUCCUGCCACCACCCGACCAGAGAGACGCACCGUUGCCACCCGGCGCCCUGCCCCCCCUGCAGACAGCCCUGCCUGCUGCCGCUGCCGCGCUGCAGCCACACCUGUCCUCAGCCCUGCCACGACCGCGUGCUGGUCAAGUCCCAACAGGUGCAGCUAGCCGGUCCGUGGGAGCAGCCGUCCGAACCGGCGUUCGUUCAGAAAGCUCUGCCGUGUCCGCCGUGUCAAGUACCCAUAGCAACGACGUGUUUUGGAGAACAUGAGGUCAGCCCGGUGCCGUGUCAUCGCCAGGGUCGAUUCUCCUGUAAACGACCUUGCGGACGACCUUUGACCUGCGGAAAUCACACCUGCAGCAGGGAGUGUCACCUGGUUACCCACGGCAACAAGUGCGAGGUGUGUGAUGAGAGCUGCUCUAAGCCCCGCCCCCCCGGCUGUCCUCACCCCUGCUCCCGUCCCUGUCACCCCGGCAACUGUCCCACCUGCAGCCAGAUGAUCCGCCAACGCUGCCACUGCAAGAUCAGCAUGCUCUACGUGGAGUGCACGAAGUUGACAUCAGCUGAUGAACAGACGAAGGUGGCGUUGGGCUCCUGCAACAACCAGUGUCCUAAAGAGCUGAGCUGCGGACAUCGCUGUAAGCAGGUGUGUCAUCCAGGUGUGUGUGCAGAGAAAUGUCAGCAGAAGGUGAAGCUCAGGUGUCCCUGCAGGAGGAUCAAGAAGGAGUUCCCGUGCUCGCCGUCCGAUCAGUGUGUGGUUCAGUGUGACGACUCCUGCAGAGACCAGCAGAGGAAAGUCAGCCAGGUGAAGGAGGCGGAGCAGAAAGCAGCUCAGGAGGAGGAGCAGAAGAAACUUCAAGAGGAGCUGGAGGCGUUCGAGAAGCGCCAGCAGCGAGGAGGACGGAGGAGUAAGAAGCGAGGGAGGAGGGAGGAGGUGGAUGACGAGGGGGGGAGGGUGGCGAGGUGGUGGAGGAGGUGCGCUGCCUUCGUCCUCGUCCCGCUGGGCGGAGCUCUGCUGGCCGCCGCCGCCUACCACCUCCUGACCACGCCCUGAAGCAACACGUUAACAUAUGUGUUUCUAUUUUCACUCUCUUUUAUUUAACUCGGUUUCCUGCUCGUUUUGAUUCUGUACAUUAACGAAGUCCUUGUAUCGGACUGCUGUUUUUUCAUCGUAGUAGUUUUAAUUUAGUUUCUUUAAUGAAGGUCGGGUGUGAUUUAAAGUUUCCUUACCAAUACCAACAAAAAACACUUUAAAACAUUUAAAUGAUUCAACGAAGAGUGAUAAAGAUCUGAACUUGAGCUGAUUAGUUACUUAAUAGAUUUAUUCUGUCAGUUAUUUUGUUGAAUUAAUCGAUUGGUCAAACAGAUGAAAAUGGUGAGAAGUAUCACGAUAUAGAGCUAAAUGUGACAUCAUCAAAUGUCUCGUCAAAAUCUCAAAGAAAAAUGUUUUUAUUGAAACGUUAAAACAAAGAAAAGUUGUGACUUCUCACAUUUUCUUUUGUUUGAUUAAUCGACUAAUGGUUACAGCUGUAGUCUGAACACGCCCACGUUUUAACCCGUACCAUUAAAAGAUCAUGUCUUACUUUACAAUCUUUUACUUCUGAAAUCCUGAAAUGUUAAAAAAUGUUGUUUCUUCUCUUUUUUUGCUUUUUCUUUGUCAAAUAUUUGAAAAAUAAAAUGUAUAAAACUGUAAAUGUUGAAUGGUUUCACCGUCACUGUCCUCCUGCUGAACGUAAAAGGUUUGUUGUUUAUAAUGAUUUUGAAUGUAAGGUAACACUUCAUAAUAACCAUCAUUUAUAAAUGGAAAAUUGAUAAUUAAUUAAA